UUUGUGGGAGAGAAAAAAGACGUGUUUUUGUUGUGCCACCUGAGAAACUUGUGAUUUUCUGCCUGGGAAACACUGAAAAUCAGUGAAAUUUGCAUUAGGACUGCACAUUGGGACGGCAGGUGGAUGGGUCAGCCCGGCAUGGACAGCGUGAGCAUUUAUCAUGAGAGACAAAUCCGGGAAUUGUGCGCUUUGCACGCACUAAACAAUCUUUUCCAAGCCAAAGGCUCCUUCACAAAAAGUCAAUUGGAUGAGAUAUGCAAGAGACUGUCACCAAAUGAGUGGAUAAAUCCGCACAGGUCAGUUCUGGGCCUCGGAAAUUACGACAUAAACGUGAUUAUGACGGCUCUGGAGACGAAGGGAUGCGAAACUGUGUGGUUCGACAAGAGGAAAGAUCCGUCGUGUAUAAAGUCUCACGACAUCAUUGGGUUCAUCCUCAACGUGCCCACAGAUUACAAACUGGGAUUCGUGACGCUGCCAGUGAAGAGGCGACACUGGAUCUCUGUUCGGAAGAUUUCCGGGAAGAACUGGUGGAAUCUGGAUUCGAAGCUCAGCUCUCCGCAGUUGAUAGGCGACGACGCCAAGCUGCUGGAAUACUUGAGAAAUCAACUGCAGAGUAACGACAAGGAACUGUUCCUGGUCAUGAAGAAAGGCGACGCGGAGCGAAGUCCCAGCUUAAUGAGUGGCUCCAACGAGACGUAAAGAUUGCGCGACGGAAGAGGCGGAAAAUUAGCCGAAAUGCGCUCGAUAAAGCUGACAAUAUCGACAAAAUGUGAUGUUUAAGUACUUGUUCAACAUGCACAACGCAUGCACACUCACUGCAAAUCACUCUAAUGAAUUUAAGAAGUAAAUUAUUUGUUGCAACUGUGAA